AUGAGCCCUGGGACCAGCACUGUCGCUGACACCACUACAAACCCUGACAUCACCAUCACCAGUCCUGAGAUCACCACCCCCUAUGGGACCCCCAUGACCUUCCCUGGGACCAGCACCAGCCCUGAGACAACAGCGCUCCCUGCCCUGGGACCAUGGGGGACAACAACAAUCCCUGGCAGCACCUCAACCGUCCCUGAAUACACCAGUGCUGAGACCACCACGCCCUAUGGGACCAGCUCCACCAUCUCUGGGACAACAAUCUUCCCUGAGACCACCACAGUCCCUGGGACCACCACAGUCCCUGAGAUCACAGCCACCAUCUCUGAGAGCAUUGCUACCACCCCUGGCAGCACCACAAUCCCUGGGACCACCAACACCUUCCCUGAGACAACCACAACACCUGGGACAAACAGCACCCCUGAGACAACAACGUUCCUCGGGACCAGCACAACCCCUGGCACCACCACGGUCGCUGACAGCACCACAAGCGCUGAGACCCCCACAACCAUCCCUGGAACAACACUCCCUGAGACCACCAGCACCAUCCCUGGGACCACAACAACUCCUGAGACCAUUUCUACAACCUCUGGCUCUACUACGAUGGUCCCUGAAACUAUCACAACACCUGGGACAACAAUCAUCCCUGAGACCACCAUGGCCCCUGGGACCACCAUCCCUGAGAUCACAGCCACCACCCCUGGGAGCAUUUCCACCACCCCUGGGACCACCAAAGUCCCUGACAAAACCCCCACCUACCCCGAGACAACCACAACCCCUGCCACGACAACGACCGUCCCUGAAACCAGCGGUGCUGAUUCCAGCACCCCCUCUGGGACAACCAGCACCUUCACUGGGACCACCACAACACCUGGGACCACCAUGAACAUCCCUGAGACAACAACCACGACCCCUGGGAGCGGACAGACAGCACACCUGGGACAACAACGUUCCCUGGGACCAGCAUGA